UCUCUGUUUCUGCAACGAAGGAGGAGGACGAGGAGGAGGAGAUGGGGAAGAACAAGCGAACCAAAGACGGAGCGCCCGGCGCCCACUCUCCGUCCACCGUCUUCAUCUCCAACCUGCCUUACUCCUUCACCAACUCCCAGCUCGAGGAGGCGUUCGGCGAUGUCGGCCCGAUCAGGCGUUGUUUCAUGGUCACCAAGAAAGGUUCCAAUGAGCAUCGAGGUUUCGGCUUUGUUCAAUUCGCUGUUGCCGAAGACGCAAACCGUGCUAUUGAGAGUAAGAAUGGUUCGUUGGUUGGGGGUCGUAAAAUCGGAGUAAAACAUGCUAUGCAUCGGGCUCCCCUUGAACAGCGUCGAGCGCAAGUGAAUCAAGAUGAUGCUGUGGAAUCAAAAAAAGCCAAGGACAAUAAAUCUCACAGGACAAUCGAGCCUACUUUGGAGUUAAAGGAAAAAGAUAGACCUGUCGUAUCUCAAAAAGCAGCUACAUUGUGCCGUAAUUUAUCUGAUGGUGAGAAAGGCUCAGAAAAGCAAAGGGUUGCAAGGACUGUUAUAUUUGGUGGUCUUGAAAGUGCUGAAAUGGCGGACCAGGUUCAUAGUAAGGCAAAGGAGAUCGGGACAGUGUGUUCUGUCUCUUAUCCACUUCCUGAAAAGGAUCUUGAACAACAUGGCCUUGCACAAGAUGGGUGUAGAAUGGAUGCUUCUGCCGUUCUUUUUACAAGUGUUAAAUCGGCUCGAAGUGCUGUUGCAAUGUUACAUCAAAAAGAGAUAAAUGGAGUGGCUGUAUGGGCACGGCAGCUGGGUGGGGAGGGCUCAAAAACUCAGAAAUGGAAGCUCAUUAUUAGAAAUCUCCCAUUCAAGGUCAAAGAUAAAGACCUAAAAGAGAUGUUUUCUGCGGCUGGGUUUGUUUGGGAUGUCUUUAUUCCUCAAAAUUCUGAGACAGGGUUGUCUAAGGGUUUUGCUUUUGUGAAAUUCACGUGCAAAAGUGAUGCAGAAAAUGCCAUCCUAAAGUUCAACGGGAGUAUGUUUGGUAAAAGAACUAUAGCGGUUGAUUGGGCUGUUCCAAAGAAGGUAUAUCAUGGUGUCAGCGCUGUUAUCGCUGCCCCUACAGAUGGACAGGAAAGAGAAACAGAAGAGGAAGGUGGUAGUAGUAGUGAAGAUCUGGAGGAUGAUGUUGCUGAUGAAGGAAAAGGGACCCUGCUAUCUGAUGAGGAUGAUGUUGUAGCAGAGAAUUCAGAUGCAACUGGAAAAGACAAUACUCAGGCAGAGUUAAAUUUUGAUGACGAAGCUGAUAUUGCGAGGAAAGUUCUAAAGAACUUGAUCUCAUCUUCUGGUAGAGGAAGUCACCCUAACAGCGAGAGUUUGGAACAGCUUAAAAGAGAGGAAAAUGGAAGCUCUAAUGAAACCAAUGAUGCUGCGAUUGAGGGUGUCAAUUGUUCAUCUGUUAGUGAAGCUGAAAGUUCUGGUAAAAAUAAAAUGAAAGAUGUGGAGCAAACAGACACGGAUGAUGAUUUGCUGAGAACAAUUUUUAUAAACAACCUGCCUUUUGAUGUUGACACUGAAGAAGUGAAGCAACGUUUUUCUGGAUUCGGGGAUGUGCAAUCAUUCGUUCCGGUUCUUCACAAAAUUACCCAGCGGCCAAAAGGCACGGGUUUUCUCAAAUUUAAAACAGUGGAUGCAGCUAAUGCUGCAAUAUCAGUAGCCAGUGUAACAUCUGGAGUGGGGAUAUUUCUGAGGGGUAGACAAUUAACUAUUUUGAGGGCCUUGGAUAAGAAGUCAGCCCAUCAAAAGGAGUUGGACAAGGCCAAAACUGAGGAUCAUGACCACCGCAACCUUUACCUGGCAAAGGAAGGACUUGUUGUUGAAGGAACGACUGCAGCUGAAGGUGUUUCAGAGAGUGAUAUGGCCAAACGUAAAGGGUUGGAAAGGGAGAAGAUGACUAAGCUGCAAUCUCCAAAUUUUCACGUUUCAAGGACCAGACUUGUUAUUUAUAAUUUACCAAAGUCAAUGACUGAAAAAGAACUUAAAAAGCUGUGCUUUGAAGCAGUUACCUCACGAGCUACAAAGCAAAAGCCAGACAUUAGACAGAUAAAGUUCCUGAAGAACAUCAAGAAAGGUAAAGUUGUCACAAAGGAUCACUCACGUGGAGUCGCUUUCAUUGAAUUUACAGAACACCAACACGCACUUGUGGCCCUGAGAGUAUUGAAUAAUAAUCCAGAAACUUUUGGACCCCAACAUCGGCCAAUUGUUGCAUUCGCCCUUGACAAUGUGCAAACACUAAAGCAAAGGAAAGCUAAACUGCAAGGUUUCCAACAUAACUCCCCAAAUGAUCCUCAAGGCAUGGGGCCAGAGGAUAAUGAUAAUGUCCCUCCACCCAAGAAGUCUAGGAAACGGAAGUUGAGGGGUGAAGAUAGAUCACGGAAAGAUUCGCAAGGGGCUUAUCGGGGUGAAAGUUUGCAACCUAGUGAACCUGCUGCUAAAGCGCAUACCGCUAGUAAGAAGCGGAAUCGUAAUCUGGCAAAUAAGAUGGAAAAGGCAAUCCCAUCUGAAGAAAAAUUGGAGAAUUCAAAUGAGAAGCGUGGGCAAGGAUCAAACAGGAAACUGAAGGGUAAACUGGAACUGAAGCGAGCUGAUGGCAGACGAUUGUUCAAAGGUGAGGUCACACCUGAAAGGAACAGCAAACAGGAAUCGCUUGAAUCAAAGGCAGUACCAAGAAAGAGAAAGCUGCAAGACCAAAUGGACGAACAACGUGGCAAUGCAAAUUUGAAGAAAGGUAGAAGGCCGAAGAAAAUCAAGGAACCGCCUGGGAGAGAGGCGGUAGACAAACUUGAUCGGUUAAUUGAGCAAUAUAGGGCCAAGUUUUCGCAGCAAAGAUCUGGUAAAGGCGACGGUCUGAAGGAUGCUUCUAAGAAGCGAAGCAGGUGGUUCGAAUCUUAAUUUCGUUCUGAGGCUUUGUAGCAUUUUAUGUAUUCUUUUGGUGUAUCAGCAUUUUCCUUUUUGCACGAAACUUUGUGCGGUAGAGUUGAUCUAUUCGUAAAUUUUUGGUCUGUAAUAGCUCAGAGUCCCUGGAAGUAUCAAUCCUGUUAUUUCACUUUUAUGAAAACCUCACUUGUCCGUUCUCA